AUGAGUUCACAAAGCCACAAGUCGUGGAACCUAGUAGCCGGCAUCGUCUUACCGAUCAUCACUCUCCUCUUCUCAGCUCCUCUCCUUGGCCACGCCUUGCAUCUCUUCAUCAUGCGUAACCACCACAAGUACGACAACAACUCUGACUACCUCAACUACCACACGAUGCCACGUGUCCAGACCCUAAUCAGCCUCUCUCUCCUCGCCGUGUUCCUCUUCAGCAACGCCGCUCCGUUUCUCCGGCCACGACGGCUCGGCUUCCCCAAGUUAUUUCUAUCUAUUGGCUUCAUCAUCUGCGUGGCUUACGCCGGUGUGAACGAUCUGCGGUACAACCGAUUGUUUUCUUCGCGACCAAAGUGUUUCAAGGCAGAGUAUCCUUCCGGACAACGCAAAUGGGAACAAUAUCAAGUGGUUAAGAUAGAACAAAGUCAAUGGCGUUUUCAAAGAGUUCAGUUACGUUUUGUCAGCAGCUAUUACUUACAACCCUUCGAUAGACGAGUGUUACCUUACAUCCAGCCUGGAUGCUGCAUGCGACCGGGGAAAUGCGAACUUGAGAGGGUGAACGCAACGUUGGGGAUUACAAGAAACCGUGAAGGACCACCGUUGGAUACGGCGAUGAUAUACGGUCGCCACGGUGGUGAGGCAACGAUAAGAGAUUAUUACGAUAUGUGGAGGAACGAGUUGAGCGUAUUGUACUAUGAUUGUAUGACGUGUCAGGUCAAGAUCAUCAAAUCUCCACGGCUGCGUAAAUGGUGGCAGCUCGAUGUCUUCUUCUCAUCUAUCACCUGUCUGCUUGAUUAGAUCUGUAUUCUGACGUGAGACUUUUAAUGAUUUAAUAGUUUAGCUUUCGAUUUACGGUUUUUGUAUCACGAGGACUU